AUGGAAGCCGACCCAGAGCCACAUCCGAGUUCUAGCGGCAGCAAUUCCGGUUAUGCAUUCAUUACACAUUCCCAGGGAACGCUCCCUCUCAACCUCUCACCUUCAAUAGACAACGCGACUCUGGCUCGCAGACGUAGGCGCCGCACGUCCGCACACGACCAGGCCAUUCUUGAAGAGGAAUAUCGAAAAUGUGAUCGACCGGAUAAGUCCAAGAGGAGGGAGAUCACAGCCAAAGUCCAAAUGGGCGAGAAAGAAGUUCAGAUAUGGUUCCAAAACAAGCGUCAAUCAACGCGCCGCAAAUCUAAGCCACUCUUACCACAUGAAAUAAUACCGCACAAUAGUCAGAAUUCGAGUUCCUCCUCACAGCAAUCUUUGUUCGAGAGUUCUCAACCCUUCUCCUCUUCCCAACCGCAAGAGAGUAACAAUAAUAAAUAUAAUCAUAAUAACCAGGGUGAUUGUGGUCGCAGCAUUAGACCUUGUUCUGCCGCUGCCGCUGCUCAAUUUCCCGACACAUUCAGUGACGACGUGUUGCAUUCCCAAGGCGGGGGUGAUUGUCUUGGCGUUAGUGACGCGGACGACGAAGAGGGAUCGCUCCACCAGAGUCAGAGUCACCAUCAACCAUACCAAGUCGCGCAGGGUAAACCUUCAAUCAGUGCUACUGGACACAAGAACAAUAGCAACGAUAAUCUAUCGCUUACAUCGGAUCGGAUCUCUUCACCAUCUUGUCCCGAGAGCAAUCAUUCAGCCACGACAAAACACCAUCACCACCACCAACGUCAAAGGACCUUCUUUGUCAUAGGCGGGGAAGAAGAGGGAGACGAAGGAGAGGACGAACACGGAGUUUUCACACAGGUAGCGAUGACCACUUCCGCUCAUAAUCGCUUGCAACACGUUCUAUCUUCCGCACCUACACCUCCCCACCACUGCCCACUCGGCGCGUCGCGUCGAAGGACGGCCCCAACGACGCCCAAGAACCCCCCACGAUUACUAAAACGCUCGUCAUCAAUCCGACUCUCAACUUCACUAGAGGGGAAAGCUUCGGUAGUGUUGGAGGACGAGCCGUCUUCACCCCCGCCCCCGCCACCACCACCACUACUUACCCUACCAGCACCGAAAAUCCAACCGAGCUCGGUAUCCCGUAGCGCCUUGAAGCGCCGAACAAUCGAUAGUAAAGUUUGGGAGUUUUGCUGCGAUAAUCAGGCCGUUAUCCGCUCUCCAUGUCAGCCACAUGAGGAACCGUCAGAGGUGACGGAAGCGUUGGGAUUGGUCCGGGGAAGGGGGGGUGGCAGCGCACACAAGCCGUUGCUAAAAGACGGCUCGAUGGGGAACUCCCUGGGCAUGGUAAAACCCAGAAAGCAUUUACAAAAAGCAGCCCCUUCAUCCCCUAUAAAAGCCAAGAAGAGCCGGAAGGUAAUCUCUGCAAAAUCGGCACGCCCAAAGCCGGUCUUGUCAAACAAUGUCAACGCCAACCCCUCCACACCAAUGACAACUACCACUGGUAGUAGCAAAAAACCCCGCGCAAACCCCCUCCUCCCCGAACCCGGCCAAGACAGCGACAAGGAGAACCGCCCCCCUGGGGCCCUCGUUUCCCCACCCCCCGAACACCGCAGAGCUCUGGGCGUCCCGGGCAAAGGUGAUAUAAUCAACAACAGCGCAAAGAAGAAGAGGCCAGCGGACAAGAACAAGACUCCGCGGAAAAAGAACAAGUCCCUAUCCGACAAGCAGAAGAGACGUGUCCUGGAGGAAACCAGGAGUGAGGGCAUGAGGAUAUUCUACGACGUCCCACCGACGAGCAGUCAGGUUUGCGAGACGGAGUAUGAGUUACCUGGUGCUGGUGGUGAGAGCCAGUCGUUUUUCGACGGGUCCAGCCAGGGGAGCGUGGUAAAUGCGGAGCCAGGAAGGGUGGAUGAGAUGGAGUGCGUGGAGAACCUGUUGAGUUUGAGAGGCGGGGUUUGGGGGUAGAUUGUAUAUUGAUAUUUAACUCUGGUUAUCUUGUGUCUUUUUUGUAUAACUUGGCUGGUUAUUUUAUAUGGUUGGUUGCGUUCAUUGUAAGUUAGGUUACUUGUGGUUUUUUUUUUUUUGGCAUGGGGCUUGUGGGAUUGGCUUUUUCUAUUUUCUGUUCUGUCCUGUCACUUAGCUUUUGCAUUUUCUACUUUUUUUUUCUUUUUCUUCUUUCUUUCUUUCCGAUUUUCAUCCAGUGCUUUUGCUGUCAUACAUACUACAUUCAAUUUCGAUCCGAUCCAUCUUGGGAGGUGUUUUUUUUUUUUUUUCAUCCUCAAAAUUGGCGUACCUGACUUUCACAUCUCAUUUAUAAACAUCCAAAUUCUAUCCCUCCCCAUGCCUUCUAAUUUUGUCAUUUCCUUUCGCUUUCUCAACGAUGACGUUUUCCAACUUUCUGUCUUGCCUUUCCC